AUGAAGCUAUCCAUUCUAACCGUAUUCUUGGUUGGAUGCUGUGUGGCAUUAGCAUGCUCACAUAAAAAGCACCCGGUUGAGCGAUCUGAUACGCAACGAUACAUUGUCCAAGUCAAUCAUGACGUUGAUAUCCUUGAUUUUAUUCCCAACUUUCUCGAAAACGCUUUCCAAACCCUCGAAGACUUGAUCCAUGAGACUGAAGAGGUGGCUGAAACUGUUGUUGAAGAUGUUGGCAAGACCAUUGGGAAGCUGUUUAAGCGUUGUCAUAAAAAGCCGGAGCCAAAAGCUAUCCAAGUCCACGACAUUUUUGAUAUUGGCGGCAUGUUCAAGGCGUUCCAAAUGGAGUUACACAAUGAUACGAUCCUCGAUUCAUUGUUGGAUAUCACCCAAGUCAUGUCGAUCAUUCCUGAUGAUGAUAUUGAAUUCCUCUUGCCAAAGCCCAAUGCCCAUAAUUCGGUUGAUAAACGUGAUGAGUCUGAUGAUGAAGAUGAUACUUCGAGUGAGACAUCCUCCUCUUUGAGUGCUACGAAACCCACACCAACCGGCUCAUCCGACAAGGAAUGGUCGAGCACAACUUUCUCUUCAGCAAUGCCAACCCAUACACCUACCAAAGGUCACAAGAACGACACAAUCACGUAUAUCAAAAUGCCUGAGGAACCACAAGCACCAUGGAAUUUGGUCCGUAUUUCUCAACGUGAACUUGAUUUGGAGCAGCCUUAUACCACUGAUUCUCUUUCUGGUGCGGGUGUCACAGUGUAUAUCAUUGAUGAUGGAUUGGCUAUCCACAAUGAAGAUUUUGAAAAGCGCGCAUCCUAUGGCUGGUCUGCCGUGGCGAAUAGCACAUCUAACAAACACAUCACCCAAAAGAGUACUUCUAGCGCAGGAGGUGGUAAAAACAGUGACCCCAGAGAUGGCGGUGGUCAUGGCACCCAUGUUGCUGGUAUUAUUGGUGGUAAGCAUUAUGGUGUUGCCAAAAAUGUGACACUUGUUGGUGUUCAAGUAUUACAACCAAAUGGCAAGGGCUCUGUAUCCAACUUCCUUGGCGGUAUCAAUUGGGUCGUUGAGCAAGAAAAGAACCAGACUCGACCAGUGCUCAUCAACUUGUCUCUUGGAUUACCAAAGGAGAACGUACGAGCAAAAACAUUGGCACAAGCUGUGGAAGCUGCUGUCAAGGCUGGUAUUCCUGUCAUUGCUGCUGCCGGUAACUCUGCAGUUGAUGCAUGUGAUAUUGUUCCAGCAAACAGCAAGAACGUUUUCACGGUGGGGUCGACGACACAAGAGGACGAAAUGGAUUCCCAGAGUUGUUAUGGGGCAUGUGUAGAUGUAUUAGCUCCAGGCUUUGAUAUCACCAGCACCUAUAUUGGAGAGCCCGAUUCGACCGCAACAAUGAGUGGAACAUCUAUGAGCGCACCUCAUGUAUCAGGUGUUGCAGCAAUGAUUUUGCCUUAUCUUGAUAAUCCCACACCCAAAGAGCUCUACAAGGUCAUGCGUGGUAUGGCUACACGUAAUAAGAUUAGUGGCAUCCCUGACAAAAAGACCCCCAAUGCCCUUUUGUACAAUAAACUAAAGAACCAUUGA